AUGACGGCCAGCACUGUGAAGCUCGCUUCUGGUCAUGAGAUGCCCUUGGUGGGAUUCGGGCUGUGGAAAGUGCCGGCCGAAACAGCGGCCGAUGUGGUCUACGACGCUAUUAAAAAUGGCUAUCGCCUCUUCGAUGGGGCGUACGACUAUCAGAAUGAGAAAGAAGCCGGUGAGGGUAUCAAGCGCGCGAUAGCUGAUGGGCUCGUGAAGCGCGAGGAUAUUUUCAUCACGACAAAAUUGUGGAACAACUACCAUCGCCAGGAUCACGCCGCGCAGAUGGCAAAAGCGCAAAAUGAGGCGUGGGGAUUAGGGUACAUCGACCUUUAUUUGAUCCAUUUCCCGGUUUCCCUGGAAUACAUCAGCCCCGAGACUCUACGAUAUCCUGCUUGGUGGAUGGACAAAGACCAAAAGACCAUCAAGACCGCCAAGGUCCCUCUCCACGAGACGUGGCAAGCACUGGAAGCCACCGUUGAUUCUGGAAUAGCAAGAUCCAUUGGCAUUUCCAACGCGCAAGCUCAGACCCUCUACGAUAUCCAGACAUAUGCUCGUCACCCCAUCUCGUCUCUCCAGAUUGAGCAUCACCCAUACCUGGUGCAGCCGGAACUCAUUACCAUGGCCCAGGAAAACCACAUCGCCGUCACCGCGUACUCCAGCUUUGGGCCACAAAGCUUCCUCGAGCUUCCGCCCGCCUUCCGCGCCAGGGCAACAGAUACUCCACUGCUGUUCGACGUGAAACCCGUCACGGCGGCGGCAGAACGAGUGGGCCGAAGUCCUGCACAGGUUCUCCUGAGAUGGGCGACCCAGCGAGGAAUCGCGGUGAUUCCAAAGUCCAACAAUGCAGGACGGCUGAAGCAGAAUCUCGAAGUCACGGAUUUUGAUCUGUCAAAGGAGGAAAUUGAAGCGAUCAGUGCGCUCAACAUUGGCCUGCGGUUCAACGACCCUGGGUUCUACUUGCACGAGCCACUGAGGAUUUUUGCAUAA